AUGGGGCUGGAUUUGGGGCGCUUAGCCCUCCCCACUGAGAGCGAGGGCUCGGACAUUGUGUCCCUGGCCGGGCCCAGUGCUGGGCCGGGCAGCUCUGAGGGGGGCUGCUCCCACCGCAGCUCUGCUACUGUGGAGGAACGGGCUGGGGAGCGCGCCCCAUACGGCGUGUCGGUGGUAGAGCGCAAUGCCCGUGUGAUCAAGUGGCUGUAUGGGCUGCGGCAGGCACGAGAGACCCCAGCAGCUGAAGGCUAGGCUCCCCUGGACUCGGAAUUUGCCACAGGACAGAUCUUAGAGAGGUACUGGUCCCUUGACCUCUCUUGCAUCCAUUCCCUGGCUCUGGGCAGAACAGAGGCUGCUCCCUUGGGUGAACCUGUAUGGAGGCUUAGGGGCUGGACCAGCAUCCUCUGGCAAGGACUGAAGCCCCCACCCCCACUCCCACGUGCAAGGAUUUUUGACAUGAAUGUAUUGCUGCUUGGUUUCUCUUCCUCUCAUGGGGCUGGAUUUGGGGCGCUUAGCCCUCUCCACUGAGAGCGAGGGGCCCGGGGAUCUCACCAAGCCUGUUUACCCAGUAGUUCUGUUUCCUCCUUCCUUCCUUGGCCUCUGUCCUUUGCUGACUUCCUCUUCCUUACUCAGCGGACUCUGGUUCCCUGGGAACUCACCCUGGGGAUGGGGAAGGGAGGAGGGGGUCUAUCUGCUGCUUUUCCUGGUUCUUGGCAGGCGGCCUAAGUGGGUAGACUACAGGAGGGACUGGUUAGGAGACUGUACUGCUCUGGCUUCCCUCCCCUUGGUUAAUAAACACAAAUGCUUGUUUCUCAAGG